AUGCGGGCAUUGCUGGGCAGCAGCUGGAGGAAGUUUGGCCACGCUGGCCGGGGAACCUACGGGUGGCUAACCAGCGAACCCAGCCUCCCUCUUCUGGAAACUCAGCUGCAGGGCACCCAGAAGAGAAGUUCCACCCGGGAAGAUGUGGAGCCCUUCCUGUUCAUCCUUCUUCCAGCCACCGUCCUGCUCUUCCUGGCCUUUCUACUGCUCUUCCUGUAUCGCCACUGUCAGACCCCGCGGGCCCAGGGCCAGGUUUCCGGCCUGGACCUCCCGGAGCAGCCGCCUGCGGGGGAGGUGACCGACUUCCUGCCCGGCUCACCCUGGGGCAGCGAGCAGACCUCCCCUUACUCCCCACUGCCCCCGGAGGCCGCCCUUCUCUCCGACGCAUGUUCACCGCCCUCCUAUGAGGAGGCCACCAAGGAUGCCCCUGGAGAACAGGCUCUGGAUGCGGGCAUUCAGUGUGGAGAGGGUUCACCUGGACUGGAUAAGCAAAUGUAA